GGUCGGAGACAGCAGCAUGGCGGAAGACGAGAGUGAUCAGGAGUCGGAGAGGCUUGUGGAAGAGCUGGAAGCCAUAGCCGAGGAGGAACUGAGGGGGCCGGGAGCGAGAGACGUGAGGAGCCUGGAGUACUGCCGCCGCUUCUGUGAGGUUGUUGAGGACUACACAGCGCGGUGGCAGGUCCCUCUGCCGCAGCUACAAGUACUGCAGACCGCGCUCUGCUGCUUCACAUCUGCGAGCGUGUCCUUUCCGGCUGAGUGUGAGCACGUACAGCAUGUACUGAGCAGGCUCGCUUUGAGUCUCUUUGAGUUGCUGCUGUUUUUUGGGAAAGAUGAAUUUUAUGAGGCUCCUUUGAAAGACAUCCUUGGUUCAGUCCAGGAAUGCCAUGACCUCCUCAUCCGAUAUGAUAAUACGGACUUGAGAGAAGUUACAUGUGUUAUUAAGGAUGGAGGUCCUUGGGAAGAUCCAGUAUUACAAGCUGUGCUUAAGGGAAAAUCUGAACCUCAAGACAUUGUGGACAGAUACUUGAGGUCGGAGAACCAGCUGUUUUUUGAAUUUCGGGUGAGGUACCUCAUUGCCUGUGAACGUAUUUCAGAAGCAGUGGCUCUGAUAACAACCUGCUUGAGUCACCCUGAAGUCAGUAAAAACCUGUAUUAUCAUCAGGCCUACUUUAUGUGUCUGCAUAUGACCCGAUUAACAGAGCGGCUUCUUCCUGAGCACGUCCUGAGACUAGACUGCAGUGACGGAGUUAGAAUUAUCUGCAAUAUUGAAAAGGCAGGUAAAACGGCGCUGGCACUGCAGCUGAGCGAGGCUUUUCUCAUCACACAGUUGCAAACUGGAAAAAUGUAUUGCAUUUGGGAAUUAAUUUUCAUUUGGAGUAAACUUCAACUGAAAGUGAACCCCUCCAAGGAGGCGUUUGUUGAGCAAUGCUACAACAUGCUGAGGAUUGCUGCAAAUGUGAAGGCCAUAUUUCCCUUCAUGAAAACCAUCAGAGAGGAGAUUGGCGAAGGCUCUGUGCAGCUGUCGGUUGAACUUUGUGGCUGCGCGUUACAGCUGGAUCUUCAAGGCGACCCGGAGACAAAAUCCUUAAUUUACAAAACCAUUGCUUAUCUUUUACCCACGGACCUGGAGAUUUGCAGAAUCUGUGCUCUGUCUGUUUUCUUCCUGGAACGGACCGUAGAAUCGUAUGAGGUGGUCGAAGGGUUGUAUAGAUACUGUGACGAAGAUUACAAUGAGUUUGCCAGCUAUGUGGAGAAUCGAGUGCGCUUUGAACUGCUUCCAAUAUUAAAAAGGGGUUUAGUAUUCGAUCCCGAAUUUUGGAAUUUCUCAAUGAUCCAAACAAACUGUGCCGCUCUGCUGGGAGACGAUGCUGCACUGGUUUUACCGAAGUCCGAUGCUGUGGAUAUUGUUGUUGAUCAGAAGAGUUUGCCUUUGGAUGGCGCCGUGACACCAUUACAUAAUGGUGAACAGAAGCACAAAGAAAGCCGCAGCAGGUAUAGAGUCUCAUCAGAGCCUAGGAAGAACCAUACUGUCUUCACCCCCCAUAAGAUGGAUACAAAUACACCCAGGCAUCAUUGUACUUUGUGUAAUAGAGAGUUCUUGGGUGGUCACAUACUCAGACAUGCACAGACCCACCACCAAAAAGGCUGGUUUUCAUGUGUUGUAUGUGCCCGGAAGAUCAGGAAUAAAGUGUCCAUGCUUAGGCACCUAAAACAUCACCUAAAGAAAAUGCAAAGGCACCCAGCAGGAAAUUCUCUUAAAGCUUCCUCAGACCCAUCCCCUGGGUACUCAGAUACAAACAAGGCGAAUUCUUUAGAAACGUCAUCUUCAGAGACUGGAAAUUCCAACCAGGACUUAAUGGACAGUGAGCAUAUCAUUCCUGGUCGAAACCACACCAUGGACCAUAACGGAGGCAACGUAAAUGAUUCCACAGCUACACAGACUUCGUGCUCCACCGACGUAAGCAAUUCAGACGAGACGACUGCACUAGGUGAAAUGCAAGCCGUAGAAGACGAUGCCGGCAGAGAUACGGGUCAGGGUGUUAAAAUAAAUGGCUCUUUAUUUUGUAAAUUCGACCCGGUUGUCGAUAGUCAGGUUACUUUUCAGUGCCCAUCUCAGGACUGUCAUCGGGUUUUCCAGAAGGUAAGAACCUUGAACAAGCAUGCACGGAAAGCGCACCCAUUUGAUGUGAAGGUGCAGCAGCACCUUAUGACAUGGAACAAAAGCAAAUGCCGCUACUGCCAGAGGAUGUUUGUAAACUGCAGACAUUUCUUUGACCACCUAAAUAGGCACGCUUACCCCAAUGUCUAUUUCUGCCUGCAGUUGAAUUGCAAUCAGCGCUACAAGUUUUCAGGUCAACUCAUUGAACAUCAGCAAAGCCACGAGACUCUUGAAGUUCAGUGCGGUUAUACGAACUGUCCAGAAAUUUUUGAUGAGCUUUCUUCCCUUUAUGAGCACGAAGCUCUGCACUAUGAACAAAUCCCAUUAGAUAAUACUACUUCUGUACCCAACACAGAGCCGCUAGAAACUGUUCAUGUUCCCCAAGAGGACAGUGGAAGCUUAGAACCUCAACCUGACGUGUCUUCACCUUCUAGCAAAACAGAAGAACCCCCUCGGCAAGAGGAAGCUCCAGACCUGCACAUUCCCAUCUGGAAAUCGAGAAAGGAAAUAGCAGAACCAAAGACCUAUAAACAAGCAGAGAAAAAACUUCAUGGUGAAGUACACUUGGCCAAGGAGGUCCUCCAAACUAGCUGUGAUGUUGGGCAGGAUCCAAUUCCUGAAGAUAACCAGGGUGCUGCUCCUGAGGAACAUGGCCUCAAUGGACACUUGGCUCAGGAGCCGAGUGCUGUGGUAGAAACUGCAACUGUAGAGAGGGAGACGGAAAGUUAUCCACCAGACCCAGACGCCGUGCAAGAGACUGCACCAACAGCACAGGCUAAACAAAAUCCGGUCACUUUCUCCAAUGCGUAUGGCACAGUGGGAGUGCGGCCAUUUAGUAGACCAUUGCCACCCAGUUACCUAGACGAACAGUACAUUAGUAUGCCAAAACGCAGGAAAAAUGAACUGGAACUUACUUCUGAAAACCAUACGGUAUCUGAACCCCCAGUAGAGAAAUGGAGAUGUGGGAAGUGCCUAACUAAUUACUGUAGCUCUGAAGCGCUUGAGCAGCAUCUAGCACAAAAGAAGUGUCAGCUGUACUUUGGUUUUGACUCAGAUGAUGAAAGUGCCUGGUGAAAACUUGCACAAGAAGACACAACCAUCUCCACCCUACCACCCCGGGACUAAAUUUGGCCUUAAACAAUAGGACUUUACCAGCUUUCACGUUUUUACUAAGAAUUCUUGUGGAGUGUUAAAUGUGUAUAAUUCAAGUCCAGAAAAAAAUGUUCACUUUUACAUUUUAGCAACAAAAAAAUGAAUAAUGUGCCAUGUAAUUUUGGUGUGUACCGCCUUGAAGAUUGAAUCGAAUAAA